AAAUGUGGUUAUAAUUCAUGUCAUAAGACCAAAGCUGACAAACUAAAUAUACAUCUCAUACCCCACACUCACGAUGACGUGGGCUGGGAGUUGACGGUUGAUCUCUAUUAUGACAUAUUUGUGCGAAAAUUAAUUACAAAUGUUGUGACUGAGCUUGAGUUGAAUGCCGACCGGAGAUUCACUUACGUUGAGAUAUAUUUUUUUCAUCGGUGGUGGUCUGAACAGACAACUAAUAUGAAGGAAAAAGUUAAACGAUUGGUCAAUAGUGGACAAUUGGUCUUCACUAAUGGAGGAUGGACUGUCAAUGAUGAAGGAACUGCUCAUUAUAAAGAUAUAAUUAACCAAUUGACACUGGGUUUAAAAUUUUUGCGCUCCGAGUUUGGCUCGUGUGGUAGUCCGACUGUCUCGUGGCAAAUCGACCCGUUUGGGGCCACACGUGAAAUGGCAUCACUGUAUGCACAGAUGGGCUUUGAUGGACAUGUCAUUAAUCGUGGUGUCCAUCCAAAGGGUGACUUCAUAUGGAAGUCUUCCGACGAUUUAAAUACAACUAUAUUUUCUACUGUUCUUCACAAUCAUUAUUCGGCGCCUAAAGGUUUCAAAUUUGAAUUAAAAGAAAAUGCUUUCAAUGAAUCCAAUAAAGAAGCAAAAGUUAAAGAAUUUAUGGACAUAUCUCGACAGUGGAGUAAAGAUUAUGGAAAUACAAAUCAAGUAUUGAUGACAAUGGGAGACGACUUUCAAUACUUAGAGGCCAAAAGUUGGUUCACAAAUAUGGAUAUACUUAUUGAGGAAAUCAAUAAAAAAUAUUCCGAUUCUAUCGAUAUAUUCUAUUCAUCGCCCGAUUGCUAUAUAAAAGCUAUGAAUGAUUUGAAUAAAACAUUUGAAGAAAGAGGAGCCGUUGAUUACUUGAAUUAUUGGACCGGAUAUUAUACAAAUCGACCGGCACUCAAAUAUUACAAUAGAGUCAAUAAUAAUAUGUUACAGGCUAGUAAACAAUUAUCUGUAUUAUCAAGAUUAGAUAUUAAUAAAUUCAAUGUGUUUUUAAAUGAAGCAAACAAUCAACAGUCAAUUAUGACACAUCACGACGCUAUCACCGGUACUUCACCGCAGGCCACGGCUGAUGACUAUACCAGUCGAUUGCAAAGCGGUUACACCGCCGGUAAAGCUAUUAUUGAAAAAGCUUACAGUUAUGUUAAACAUAAUACAAAAGAUGCAUCAAAUGAUGUAUUUUGUGAUGUAUUAAAUAUAACGGACUGUAAACUAACUGAAACUAAUGACAAGAUCGCUGUCACCGCUUAUAAUCCAAUCGCCAGAACAAUAGAAAAGAAAAUAAGAGUUCCCAUCACUGAUGGAAAAUAUAAUGUCUUUGAAUCUAACGGUAAAAAGGUAUCAAAUGUGGCUUUACUUCCCGUAUCAGAAGCGGUCAAACAAUUGCCCGAACGUAAGGGUAGUCUUAGUACACAUGAGUUGGUAUUUUCGGCUCAAUUACCUGGACUUGGAUUUAAUACAUAUUUCAUAGAAAAAGUUAAUAAUAAUUUUUCUAAAAAAAAACUAAGUCAUAUAAAGCAAAGAUCUAUUGAUAUGAAAGGAAAAUCAUUUAUACUACAAAUUAAUGAAACUACCGGUGCUUUGAAGUCCAUAACAAUUAAUGGAAAGAUAUAUAAAUUAAAUCAAUCAUUCAAAUGGUAUAAAUCAAUUGGUGGUCAGCCAGGAAAAGAAGACUCAGGUAGUUAUAAUUUUUGUCCGGACGGUAUGGCCAGGGAUUAUCCACAACAGAGUCUCAUAUCAAGACAUACGGAUAAUGGCGUACAUGAACUCAAUCAACAGUUUUCUGAUUAUAUUCACCAAACUGUUCGCACUUAUGAAGACAGAGAUUACAUUGAGUUUGAUUGGACUGUAGGUUCAAUACCAGUCAAUGAUAAUUUAGGAAAAGAAAUUAUUACACGUUUUGAGUCCGACUUAAUAACUAACGGAUUAUUUUAUACGGAUUCAAAUGGCAGACAAACCAUGAAAAGAGAGUUAAAUUUAAACUCAACUCUUUGUAAUAAUAAUUAUAUUUCUGGAAAUUAUUAUCCUAUUUAUAACAAAAUAUAUAUCAAAAAUGAUAAUCAAGGUAUACAAAUGUCUGUACUAAAUGAUAGAACACAAGGAGGAUCUUCAUUGAUUGAGGGAACAGUUGAACUAAUGGUUCACAGAAGACUCUUAUAUAUAGGGGUCGGAGGAAGCUUUAAAAUAGAUGAGCCGGGAGUCGAUGGCAAAGGAUUAGAAGUCAGAGGAAAACAUUAUUUGUUUUUCAAUACUAUUCAAAAGUCACCGCAAUUAGUAAGAAGUUUAGCGGAGAAACUUUUAUUGCCACCGAUUAUCACAUUCAAUACAUACUCGACUAUUAAUGACUACAAAAUCAAAUAUCAGACCCAAUGGUCACCAAUGGGUCAAUCACUUCCCGAAAACAUUCAUUUAUUAAGUCUUGAAAAUUGGUCACAAAAUCAAGUGUUGCUUCGUUUGGAACACAUAUACGAGUCUUCAGACAAUAAUUUGUUAUCAAAACCAAUAGAUUUGAGUUUAGAUAAUAUAUUCAAAUCAUUCAAUAUUUUAUCGGCAAAUGAAAUGAAUUUAGCGGCGAAUCAGUUGUUGUCACAAACAAAACGAAUGAAUUGGAACUCAAAACAUACUUAUUAUGACAAUCGACAUAACAGUGCCAUCGAUGACACUAACAAUCUAACGGUGCGAUUGACUCCACAACAGAUCCGUACUUUUAUUCUUACAAUUGAUAAUAAUUAUCAUAAAGAAGAUGAAUGUACUUACCGUUGGGUAAAUGCUAAACAGUCGUCAAUUCCUACCGAUGCUUAUGUCGCCGGUUAUGAUGUCGACAAAACACCACUUAAUGUGUGUCGUUAUAAAUAUAAAGACGAUAUGAUUGCUGGAAAAGCCGAUAAAAAUCUGGGAUGUGUUUUGACUUAUGGAGGAAAAGAAGUUUACAUUGAAAAUGAUCAAACAUUUGAAGUAUUAAUAGCUAAUAAUGUCCAAUGGGUUCCCCGACAUGGAGAGGACCCGAUACCCGAAGGAGCUCUAAUUGUUGGCACUAAAGGUGAUCCAAAUGCCAAAACAUAUAUCGGUCGGUGUUUUACACAUAACGCAGAAAUACCCGGAAAAGUUGACUAUAAUUUCUAUUACAGUAUUAAUGGUGAAGUAAAAACUGAUUGUUUGAAUCAUUAUAUACUUGUAUGCAAUUAA